AUGAGUAGUAGAAGCGAUUCUCUUGAGUGUGCAAUUUGCUUAGAUAUUUUUGAUACUCCUAUUUGCCUUGAUUGCGGACACUGCUUUUGUAAAAAAUGUAUAUUAAAGCUUCAAGAAAUUGCAAAAGAAAACGGAGAAAAAAAGACCUCAAAAUGCCCACUAUGCCAAACAAAAUUCAAGCAAAGACGACCUUGAUUUUAUAAGCCUUGUGUUCCUCUUGCGAAUUUGGUAGAAAAUUAUAAAAGACAACUAAUUCCAAAAGUUGAAUUUAAAUUUGACUUUGAUCUUGAAAAUGUUCCUGAUGAUGUUUUGAAAGGUUUACCAUAA